GUUUAAAUAAAUAUAAUAAUCAAUAAAAACAUAGACAUGUCAAAAAAGGAACAAGACUAUUAUGAGAUUUUAGGAGUAAGUAAAACAGCUUCUGAUGAGGAAAUCAAAAAAGCUUAUAGAAAGUUGGCCAUUAAAUGGCAUCCAGUAAGUUUUAUAAAAUAAUAUUUUAGGACAAAAACCCUGAUAAUAAAUAAGAGGCUUAAGAAAAGUUUAAAAAAAUUGGAGAAGCAUAUUCUGUAUUAUCUGAUAAAGAUAAAAGAGCCAUUUAUGAUAGAUAUGGUCAUGAAGGGUAAGUUAAAAGAAUUAUAUUUUAGUUUAAAAAAUGGUGGAGGUAGUUAAUUUUAAGGAUUCUCAGGUUUUGGAGGUUUUGGUGGUUUUGGAGAUGGAUUUGAUCCUUUUAAAUAAUUUGAAAGUUUCUUUAAGAACUUUGGAAUGGAUGAAGAUGAUGAUAUGGGCUUUUUCUUUGGAAGAAAUGGAAGCAAAAAAAAUAGCAACAAUUCUUAAAGAAGUCCAUUUGGAUUUGGUGGCUUUGGUGCAUUUGGAGGUUUUGGUGAUGAUGAUUUCUUCGGAGGAGGAGGUGGUUCAUUUUAAUCAUUUUCUUCAUCAAAUUUUGGAGGAGGAUUUGGAGGAGGAACUUCAAUUUCUACUUCAACAACAAUAUAGUAUAAAUCUAUCAUUAAUAAUGUAGAAAUGGUCGUAAAGUGACUGUUACAAAAAAGACAACAACAAAACCAGAUGGAACUACAGAAGUUGUUGAAACAAUUGAUAAUGGUGGAAGAAAAGAAACUAAAACAUAUUCAUUAUAAAAUGGAUAAACAAGUAAUGGAUCUAAAUACAUAAAACAUCAAUGACUUAAAUUAUUAUAAUGUUCUCUUAUCAUUU